AGUUAACUGUUAUCUGGAAACAUCAGAUACUACACAAGUUAAAACUUAACUUUCCCCUCAAAACGUACACAUGCAUCUCGCACUGGGCUGCACACACACGCGUACACCUACAACAUCCAUACCACACCACACAGAUCCACGACUUGAGAAGACCUCCUCCCUGUAUUUAAUGUUCCAGAGUUCCCGAGUGCCCUGAUAAGGAUUCGUUGCAGUUGAAAGAUAUCUUCUACCGAAACCUCCCGCUGCAUUAGGGGCAAGAGUUUCAAUCUCGUAAUGGCUCUGACGGAACCACCACGCUAUAGAAGAUCCACCGGAAAAGGACGGAAGCGUCACUUCGGUCCCCGUGCGGUCCGAGGCAUCCAUGCGGUGAAGUUGAUCCUUGUGUUGCUCUCACUUAUACCAAUUAUCGUCCAGGAGGCUGCUGGACAAAAACCUGAAGGAGGAGAAGGUGGUAAUAGGACUUAUAGAAAAGGAGGAGAUGAUAUCGUUUGGCGCGAGGGCUACAUGGGCGACGGUACGACUCACGAGCAACUUGGACAGAGGCACUGGGGUUACACGGAAUAUAGUGCAUAUCAUGGUUACGCCAACUAUUCCCGGGAUCUAACCUCGACACAUAAAGCCUUGAAUCCCAUUUACUCGAUAUUGCACUUAAUCUUGCGGAAAUUGAUGUCCGACCUGCCUCCGGGGUAUGUUAUGUUGACGAGCAACAACAAAUUGGUACUCGGCCCCAAGGUGAUGCAGAACGAUUGGGCUGCACUGUUGGGUAAAUACUGGGUUCUGCUUCUGGUCGUGACAUUCCUCCUGGCUUGUAUCAUUGUCAUUCCGUUUAUUGGUGUCUGCUAUUGCUGCUUUUGCUGCUGCUUACGUUGCAAGCAACAUUCAAAGUCAAAAAAACGCCCGGGGCGCAUGUGUUACAGCGUCUGCCUUGCCCUGCUCAUCAUUGGCCUUAUCUUUGGCCUAAUCGUCGCGUUUAUUGCGAACAAGUUUCUGGACCGGGGAUUCGAGGACGCCAAGUUGACGAUGCGGCGUGGUAGUGAGGACACUUGCAGCUUUCUUAAAGAUGUUUCUGAUCACAUCUACCAUUUGAUGGUGUACAACUACCAGGAGCUGGAGGCUCACCUGGAAGAACAGCUAAGUGACGCACAUAAUCACAUAUUCCUGGACCUGGGGGACACUUCGGAGAGUACUGCGCUAGCUGAAAUGGAGCGCAUCUUCGUCAACAUGCCGAAAGCAUUAAACCUUAUGGUACAAGUGGAUGCCUUAGAGAAAGAACUCCGCUUUUUGGCGAGCCAAUUAAGAGACAGUUUGCGCGGCGUGAAACGACUUUUGAAUUACUGUGGCUAUGCUUUGUGCCAUUUGACAAGAUGCUAUAGAUUUCACCACGAAAUAAACCUCCAGGAUUUUGGCAAUGCACCGUGCCUACACAUAGACUGGAUGCCUAAUACUACAGUCUAUGUCGAAGCAAUCAAGGAAAUUAUUGAUGAGGAAUAUUAUCAACUUCCAUUAAGGGCCAUGGCCCGCCUCAACACAAUUAAGGAAAUGAUCCAUAAACAAUUGAGACUCGUGCUUCCCCCCAUGUUCCGAGGCAUUCACAGAGGCAGGGUAAUGAUGCUGGAUGAAGCUACGCAAGUACGCGACAUGAUCGAUGCUAUGAUCAGCGACAUUCACCUUAACACCUUAAGGACCACGAGGGCAUUCGAAGACGUGUACGUAAAGUUUGGCGAUGAACGGCGGGCUAUUAACAUCGUCAUUUGCGUGUUAAUCUUUAUAAUUAUAGUAAUCCUGACUUCGGCCCUGAUAUGCGGCAGCUUUGGGCGAAGACGGACAAUGCCAGGACCAUCUAAAGUGUUCUCAAAAGGCAUGGCUGCCUCAUGCCUACUUGUAGCCAUUAUCCUGAUAUUUUGUGUGUUCUCGUUCCUGACGCUUGUUGGACUGUUCUACUUGAUGAUCGGCUUGAUAACAUACUCAACCGCGUGUGCUCCAUUGAAAGACGAGCAUGCGCAGAACAUCUUCAAGCAGCUGGACCCCGUGAUCGAUCUCAAUCGCUUCAUGUCGCUGAAUAACGGAGAAAGGGAUUCGUUGCCAAAGAUGUCAGUGUCGAAUGCAAUUAGGGCAUGCCAUGUAAAUGAGUCCAUCUUUGACUUGCUGAGAGCGAAUAAGAAGUACGAUAUAAACAACUUGUUAAGUAUGGAAAUAUUCCUCGAUGAGGCUGAAAAAACACCCGUAUUCAGUAAAGACUUAUCCAAGAUUUAUCUGUUCUUGGAAGAAGAGAAACGCAGUCUCAAUAAUAUGCGUGAGGCCAAUUUGUCGACUUACCACAGCAGCUUAUACGUCGAUAAGCUUUGCACGAAAUAUGGCCCAAAUGAUAUAGGUGUAUUGGGUCGAGAAAUUAGAGAUAUGGCUAUACGCCUAAACACAAGAUGGUCGUAUGAUUAUCCACGGGCCGUUUGCUACUACGUUGGAUAUAUUGAUAUGAAUAUGUACAAUCUUGAAAUGGAAGUGCCUUUGAAUGUUAUCGUGAAAAAAUUAAGGCGUAAAGUGAAGGAUAUUGAUAAGCUCAUUCUUUACGACAACAAUAACUUUAACAAUGGAUUUAAAAUACUGAUGGACGCAGUACAAAGGUCCGAGGACUUUAUUAGGACUAAAGGCGAGGAUUACAUCAACCAUCUGGCACUUAACUUCACGAUCUCAAUCAACGAACAGUUUCAAGAUUAUAUCGAAAGAGUGAUCUGGGAAGGCAACAAUAACGUAGGACACUGUCAGCCCCUCGCCUACAUUUACCACCAAGGCGUUAACCUCCUUUGUGCACGCCUGGUGUAUCCAAUAAACGCAUUUUGGUUGGCCAUUCUUCUUUGCUCCCUUCUUCUCCUGCCAAUACUGCUGGUAGCCCAUCGUCUGAUGUGCAUGUACCUUAAAAUCUAUCCCUCUCCGAUUGUCGCUCAAUUAGCAGCAGUAGAAGCAGCCAGAUGUCCCGUUUGCAUAGGUCCGCCAGUCAGAAGUGUUUGGAAGUACAACAACCGCGGCAGAGCUGGGCGAACAUCUCCAGAGGAGUUGGACAGGCCCAUCCAAGUUUUAGCGAUAAGAGAUGAAUCGACGACGAACAGCAAACAGCUGCACGAAUUGAAAACGGAAAAAGCGAACAACAAAGACCAGAAAACAAGCCAAAUCGGAGAACAGUAUGAAAAUGGUGUUGUCGCAGCGGCAGCGCGAGGAGCUUAACCAAGCGAUUGCCGAUUAUCUGGGCUCAAAUGGCUACGGCGACUCACUAGAGACCUUUCGCAAGGAGGCCGAUGUCAGCACAGAGGCGGAG